UAAUGCAACAGUGAAAAAGAGAGCACCCUCAAAGAAUGACACUGCCCUCAAAGUCAAGGGCUCCAAGAAAGGUCAAAACCAGAUGUCAUAUUCAACUGCAAAGAAGCCUGUGGCAUCAGUUAAACCACCACUCUGUGGCAAGAGACAAGCAGUAAUGGCUGAUAUUCCUUUGGUAAAACUACCUUGGAGUGACAACAGCACAGAGGAAGAAAUUUGGAAGGAAGGCUUUGCAGUUUGUUUUACAGCUGGUGUUCCAAGUAUUGUCAAAGAACUCUGUUUUCUCUGUGGUAGCAAGGGCAGUGAAAAGAUGUUCUACUGCAGAGUUUGUUCUGAGCCUUUCCAUGGAUUCUGUCUUGAUGAAGAACCAAUUGAUGAGACAACAUGGUGUUGUGACAACUGCAGCAGUUGUAGUGUUUGUGGAUAUCAAGACAAGCUCCUGAUGUGCGACCGUUGUCAGCGUGGAUAUCAUGUUGAAUGCUUAGGUCCAUUUUAUCCCACAGAGCCAGAGGGAGAUGAUGAUGUUUGGGUGUGUGGUCGGUGUGUACAGUGCAAAAAUUGUGGGAGAAGAACUGCUGGAGAUAAUCCUGAAGCUAUGUGGAUGCUUGAAUUCACACACUGUCAAGAAUGUGGCAAGCAGAGACAACAGAAUAACUUUUGUCCCCUCUGUGAUAAAUGCUACUCUGAUGAUGACUUUGAAUCUAAAAUGGUUCACUGUGUCAAGUGUGAUCACUGGGUGCAUGCAGAAUGUCAAGGAAUCACAGUUGAUCAGUAUGAGUGUCUGACAGACUUACCAGAGGAAGUGCAGUUCAUUUGUAGGCGCUGUUACGAAGAUCAGGUAUCUUCUCCCUGGUAUAAAGAACUGAUGGAGGAAAUGGAGGCAGGAUAUGAGAGGAUUGUGGAAGAAAUCAAAAGUUGCAAGGCUUAUGAACCAUUCAAGUCUCAUUUUGAACAGCUUGAAGCAGAUAAUGGAUAUCCAAAGGACUUUGAAGUAAUUUCAGCAAAAGUGAAAGAUAAGAAGUACACCAGUGUGGAAAGCUUUUGCGAUGACAUUACGAAAGUUUUGGACAGGGUUUAUAGACUUGUGGAAACAGACUCUGUUUUGACCAGACAGUGGUCCUCUCUUUACUAUACUUUCUGCAAGGAACUAGUGGCAAUGUUUCCUUGGCACAAGCUUAAAAGUACAGUGAAUUCCGAGGAACACGAGGAGAUCGCUCAACCACGCCUUAAAAAUGGAAUCAUUGGAACUGCUAUUCCUUACGAAGUCUGGGAUCACUCAUACGUUUCCUUAAAAAGCAACCAAGAAAAGUCUGAUUCCACACUUGUUGGAAAAUCUCAGCCUUCUUCUUCAGAGGCUCUACAGAUGAACUCAUCACAGAACGAAAAUUGUGAAGUUGAAAAGAUGGAACCAGACACGGAAAACGAUCUGCAGGAAGAAAACGUCACGAACGAGGAGCCUAUGGAAAUUGAUACCAAUGACGAUGAACAGCAACAACUAAAACAAUUCCUGCAACUGAAACAACACCAACAACCACAGCAAGCAACUGACGUGGAGGAUACCAGAAAGUGUCUUCUGUGUGGUUCGAUGCGUGAUGCCGAACCUUCCAAGGCAGGCCGUCUUCUCACUUGUGGUUUAGAUGAAUGGGUGCAUGUCAAUUGUGGUCUGUGGUCAGCGGAAGUAUUUGAAGAUGACGAGGGUCGCUUACAGAAUGUUCAAGUGGCGAUAUCACGUGGAAAACAAAUGAAAUGUGAACACUGCGGUGAGGUUGGAGCCACUGUGGGCUGUUGUGAACCUCGCUGUCCAAUGAAUUAUCAUUUUAUGUGCGCACGAAAUGCUAAAGCCGAGUUCCAAGACGACAAGAAGGUGUACUGUGCUCAACAUUCCUUCAGGACCAAAAAGGAGUUGGUGAUGGUAAAUGACGACUUUUGUGUGGAACGACGAGUUUGUGUGGACAUGGGCAAAAUCCGAGCCACAAAGAAAUUGUCCAGAGGAUUUGAACCUCACAACAUCACCCUUGUACAAGGAUCUCUUACUCUGGAAGACAUGGGCAAACUGAGUGAACAUUCCGACACCAAACAAACUCUGUAUCCCAUUAAUUUCAGAAUCAGUCGGUUGUACUGGAGUGUUAAGGAUCCAACUAAAAGAUGCCGUUAUUACUGCACAACGAAAGAGAAAACACUUGAAUCAAUGCAAAGAAGGCAACAGGAAAUUAAGGAGUCGAUAGAUCAGGAACACUUACACAAAGUUAUUUCUCACGAAGAAUUAAACAAGAAAGACAAAACGCCAAAAAUCACGUCUGGAUCUCACGGAGAUAUCAAAAACUCAGCACAACCUCGACAAAAUAACAAAACGACCGACUACUUAAAUAGUUCUUAUGGAAAGAAACUGAAAAGAAUAGCACCUCAUCCAGGACCCGGGAUUGUGAAUCACUCUGUUUUUCCGGGAGUUCUGUUUAAUGAAACAACACACCUGUCCAAGCUAAGAAGAAUUCUACCAGCUCCUCAAAAACCUUUGCCUUCUUCACCAACGAAUUCUCCAAGGAAACUCCUCGAGCAUUUAAAUCGACAAACAAGCCAUUUACCAUCCAUUCUUAAUCCUGUUCGUGUGGAAAAAUCUCCGUCACCCGUCUUACCAAGUGCUCCUGCGCAGAAAGCCGCGCCUCAGAGAUGUAGAAAGACACCGCCAGCCGCGAAAAGGACGAUGAGUUUUGAGGAGUCGAUUCCUCAAACAGUCAGGCAGAUAAACUGCGAUCACGAAGUAGUAGCUAAGGCAGGAGAUGAAGAGCUAUUAAAUUCGCCCAUAAAAGAAAUAUCUCCCAAGUCUUGGUUAGUGAAGCUUCGGGAGAGAGAAAAUGCUGCACAAUCCGAGCAACCUCAUGUGUCUUUUGAAAUCACAAGUGAUGAAGGAGUGAAGGUCGAGGCGAAUACAUGUGAAACUGCUUGGAAGCAAGUCUUUGAAAAGGUUCAGGAAGCCAGGAUAGAUCGUCGCAUGAAACUGGUUCCGUUUGCAGGUGUAAAUGGCAAAGCAAUGUUUGGUGUUCGUCAGGAAUCUGUCGUGUCUAUGUUAGAGCAGCUACCUGGAGCCCAUCAACUGAAGCAAUAUUCCUUCAAAUAUAAUCCACCAUUUGACAAUAGCAAUUUGGAAGAAACACAGGCUUUGAAAGAGAAUCCACACGGCUGUGCAAGAGCUGAAAUGUUCCACAGAAACAAAAAGUACGAUAUGUUCGCGUUCCUAGCGUCGAGUCACCGCGUCGCUCCACAAUUAGAAGAAAGCGCGGAGGAACAGGAGAGCGCUGAACAAGCGCGUGAUGGACCUCUGUCCGUGAAGCGCCCGACAUGUUUGGAUCUACCAAUGGCCAUGAGGUACCGCCACCUUAAACAGUGUUCCUUUAACAAAGACGCUGUUGCUGUUUACAGGUCCCCAAUUCAUGGUCGAGGAUUAUUCUGCACCCGUAAUAUCGCCGCUGGUGAAAUGGUGAUUGAGUAUUCUGGAAUGCUGGUUCGUUCUGUUCUCACUGACAAGAGAGAGAAGUAUUACGAAAGCAAGGGUAUCGGGUGUUACAUGUUUCGUGUCGACGGGACAUAUGUCGUUGACGCCACGAUGUGCGGAAACGCAGCUCGUUUCAUCAAUCAUUCUUGCGACUCAAACUGCUUUUCUCGAGUCAUCACUGUGGACGGUCAAAAGAAAAUUAUUAUCUUUGCUUCCAGAAGUAUUUCCAGAGGAGAAGAGUUGACUUAUGACUACAAGUUUCCUAUCGAAGACGAGAAGUUACCUUGUUUGUGCCACUCAAAACACUGUCGCAAAUACCUCAAUUAACUAUCCUUUCCCUCCCCUGAAACUUUCCAAAGCUGGAUCUUUUUUGUCAAAUCGAAUUUUAUUUAUGAACCAAGUGUACAUAAUAAGAUGUAAAAUAUUUGUCUUUGCUCUGUAAAAGCUUAUUUACAGCAUCCCAGCUCUUUAUGAUAUUUACUAUAUAUUUGAGGGGGUUUUUCUCUCUAAGUGAUAUAUCUUGUCUGCAAUGGAUUUGUAAUAAUUUGAGCGCAGUAAUAUAUGACAAAUCUGAGAGAAAUGAUGUCAUGUUUCAGUGCAAUAAAUUAUCAGUAUUUACGGAAAUAAAUUUUUAAGUAAGAUGCCUUGA